UCCCACUCUGCGCAAUCACGUGAUGCACAGGUAGUUUGAAGUAUCGAAGUGAGAGCAAUUUAUUUCUUGUUGUCUCUUCAACUGGUAUGAUUUGUUAAUACUGUAUGUUAAGACGAAUCAGAAUGUCUAGCAAGUCGACUUUUCUGAAAGUUGUUCUGCUCGGCGAUGGUGGUGUUGGAAAGUCCUCUCUGAUGAACCGAUUUGUUAGCGGUAAGUUCGACACCCAAUCCUUUCACACAAUCGGAGUGGAGUUCUUGAAUAAGGACGUGAAUGUCGAAGGACAGUCUUACACCUUACAGAUCUGGGAUACAGCUGGCCAAGAGAGAUUUAAAAGCUUAAGGACGCCUUUUUAUCGGGGAUCAGACUUGUGUUUGCUUGUCUACGCCGUUGACGAUGUACAAAGCUUCAAAAAUUUGGCCAUGUGGCGGAAAGAAUUUCUGUACUACGCAGAUGUGAGAGACAAGGAAACCUUUCCUUUUAUUCUUUUAGGAAAUAAAAUUGACGUUGCCGACAGGGUUGUGACGCAAGAAGAAGCGCAUAACUUUUGUCAGGAGAUUGGUGGAAUUCCUUACUACGAGACGAGUGCAAAAGACUCAACAAAUGUGGACAUUGCCUUCCAUGCAGCAGUCAAGAGAUUGAACGAAUUGGAACAAACCAAAGCAAAAAAUGAUUUCUCUGCCACUGAGGGAGUGAAUUUAUCCAAUGUAAAACAGAGAGAAAGUUCAAGUUGCUGCGAAUAAUCUGGUGAUAUUUGAUUUUUUAACAUUAGUUUUGGUUUUAGUUUUAAAAAGUAGAGUGAUAAAUAUAUGGAGGCGUUGAAUAGCUGAUAAACAUUCCCUUGUCGCGGUUUAAUCCAUUACGAAACUAGUGCAUACUGGAUAUUCAAACUUAUUUUCUCGUAUAUCGCCUUCGACCUUUUCAAUAGCAGAUACAAGGCUGAAUUUGGGGGAAAAGGCUGGGAAAUUCACAAGGGGAUGGUAAAAUAUACCCAUUCGCUCCUAAGACUUUAUUAACAGUUCUCCUUACUUCCUGCAGUACAAUUUCUAUAGAGUUAGUUUGGAGAAUUUGGUAUUAUUCUCAACCUUGGUCUGCUUUAUUAAUUCUUUGAGGAGAAUCUUGUUAGAUUCUGAUAGAGACUUAAAUGCUAUUCAGGUGUUUAGUUGAAAGAUGUAUCAGUUUUAACAAUGAAGAUCUGAAGUUAAGAAAAGAAUAUUUAUACUGAUACAAGGCUGGUUGACCUUUGAACUGUCCUAGAUCUGCCUUUAAAUUCUCAUUUCUUGCUGCUACAGAUUUCCUUGUGAAGUACUUUGCAUACCAUGAUUACAUCCUUCAGCUGAUUAAAUUGUCUAUUUUUACGAUCAGAACUGUUUGCUUAAAAAUGUAUUGCAUUACUUGUGGAUUUCCUUAAGGGUUUAAGAGCAAAUAACAACUUACAUCGAGACUGUGCAUGUAAGCAACAUUUCCUUGCAUCAAGUCAACUAUAUUUUUUACAAUACCACAACAAUGCCAUGAAAGUAAAGUGGUAUACAUACAAGAAAAAAAAACCACUUUGCCCUGAUUUGAUUUGGUUAUCACAGUGAUGCUUUAGCCCACAAAGACUUAAAAAUAAUGAAAACAGUAUUUAAGUAAAUUAUUAAUCAUGUGGAGAUGAUGGUUUGUACUUUUUCUCUGUGUUCUUUUUAAGAAAACGACCUAAAUAUAGGCGUUUCAAUUUGUCAAGAAUAUUUUGCACUGCGGUAGUAAUUUGAAUUGUCAGCAGAAAAAGGUGUUUGCUUUCCAAGGCAAUGAUUUCGAAGCAAGCUGAAGAAUGUUAAUGAAAGUGCUUCGUACCAACUGUGUCAAUAUGUUGUUUCCAGUACCACUUCAAACAGUAAUAAUUAUUAACUUAUUGAUGUAAAAGUGGUUCAAAUGAAGGAAGUUCUGUUUUAGAAAUAAUAGUAGAUGAUCAAUGUUACUUCAUUGUCAGAUAGUCUUGGUUACAUGUUAAACUAGUGGUAUAAAUCAGAUAUGUAUGUUUACGAGGUUGCAUGUGGAUGAUAAGAAAAUAAAUGCCACAAAGAAAUCUCAAAA